AUGGAAAGUUCCUCAAAGAAUAUAAUUGCAAUUAUUUAUGACAAGAGGAAUGCUCCAGAAAUGAGACUCGCUGAAGCACAGGAUGCUUUAAAUAACAAAAAUUUAACUCCAGACUUUAUUCUUAAAUGGAUAUCAAAUAAUAUUGCAUUUGAUACGAAUUUUCAAACAAAUGAAGAUGCAUGGAAGCUAUUUCAUCAAUCUCUUACCGAAACAAACAUCGAAAGCGAUAAAUUUUCUCUUAUAAUGAAACCUAAUAUUGCAAUUUUAAAUGCUUUUCGUUCAAACAUCAGAGAUAUUGCAUUAGAAACGCUAAAAUUACUUCAAAUCAAAUAUCCAAAUUCAUGGAGACCAAAAUUUGAUGAUUUAAUUUUGACAUUUAGCCAGUUAUUGCAAGAUAACGAAAUCUAUGAGCCACAAAUUUCAUUUCUUAUUACAUUAAUCUCAUCACAUCGUGAGCUUACUGUUGGAUCAGAAUUAGUUUUCAAAAAAGUUGUCGAUAUCUUUGAUCCAUUGAUUGAUAACAUAUCCAAACUUAAUGAGCAGCAAGUUUUACAAUUCAUUUCUCGUGCAUUAUGUGGUCCAUUCCUUUUCCAAAAGAUUUCUGGAAAAGAUUUAGGUUCUUCUUUCGAUACUUUCCUCAAGAAGCUUACAACACCAAGCGAAUCUGAUCCAAUACGACCAGGUGUUAUAUCAUUCAUACAUGUUUUCAUGCCAAUCUACAAAGAAUCAGCGAUUGCAUUUAAGAUAACAAAUCUCUUCCAAUUUCCGUUAAAUCUUUACAAAAGGACACAAUCACUUGAUUUAGCUGUCCCUGUCUUUGACGAAUGUGCUAAACUCCAGCUCUAUACUCCUCAAUCAGGAACUGAAUCAGAUUUCCAACAACUCAACUUGAUUACUGACGAAGCAAUUAAGAACAACCAUUAUUCAGUCCUUGCGUCCCUUGCACGACUUGAUUUCAGACUCGUAAGACCUUCUUUAACUGUUUUACUUGAAAAAAGUGACGAAAAUUUUGCUUUGUCUGCAUUGGAGAUGGCUUUCAGUUUGAGAAUGCCGCAAGUCAUAUUCGGAUACAACGACUUCCCAGACGACUUCAACAAUGAACAGGAAACUCGUUUGGAUUCACAUAUUUGCGAAUUUCCAAUUUUUGUCACAAAAUAUUCAGAACUCGUUUCUCAUUUGAAUUCCAGCCAAACAAAUGGUUUGCUGAAGAUAUUGGCUAUGUCCCAAAAAGAGUCUGACAACUGCCUAUUGUUCUGGACCGUCAAAAACGCAAGAUUUACUCCAGAACACGUUGACGUUGUCAAUUUUAUUGUCAAAACCGCUGGCAAAAGUCCAUGGAGAUGUGCAGCAGCUUCUAUAGCCGGAAAAGCACUUAGAUUCAAGACAGCUACAAUUGCAAGCAAAGAUAUGCUUGAGGAGCAUCCAAUUUCGUUGUUUUGCUACUUAAUGCAAAAUCAUGAAUUAUUUGAAUCAGAAAAACUUGAAGUUCCAAAUUGUUUGCCGCAAAAACAUGGAAAAAUCACGGAAUUUGUCUAUGAAAACACUGUUUCUUUAGUGCCAACACCAAAUAUGGCUGACAAAGACUACUACAGGCUUUUGUUCAUCAUUCAAAAUUUGUACGAAUUAGCUGUUUGUUUCGAAGAAUCUGAUUUGUUGAAAAUUUUGAGAUUUGUUGUCAAAGCGUCACUUUUCUGUCAAAAUUUACAACAACCGAAAACAAUUGCUGAUUAUUGCAUGAGAUUAUUCAGUAACUCAUACUUUUAUGAGAACAGUGUACUGAAGAAAAUCUUCCAUUUGGCAGCACAUGAACUUUUAUCAUCAAAAACACAUCAAACGAAAAUUUUCACAGCAAUGCUCAUUUCUUCGAUGCCAAAUGAGUUUGUUUCUGUUGUUCAGACCGAUGAUGAGCAAAAUAUAGACUUUUCAAUUGCUGUAGAAAGUUUCGAAGUUUUGGUUGAAUAUGCAGAAAACGGUUUGGACGGUUUUGAAAAUACGUUAUUUGAAGAAAUUUCAAAAGAUGUUUGUAAAAUGAUUAGUCAGUUAGUUAUAUCAUUCCCAUAUGAUUUUGUCAAAGAAAACAUCAAAACAAUCAUUGACAGAAUCCCUCUUAAAAUCCACAAAACAGCCAUUCCAACAUUGUUAUAUACUUUGGGAGAAAUUCCAUCUGAUUUAGAUUUCAAUAGUUUACAAAAAGAAACAAUUAUUGGUAUUUGUAAUUAUUGUUUCCAAAACGGCAUCAAAACACCAUUUGAAGCUGUUCUUUUCGAGAAUGAUAUCGAGUGUGUCUGCGAGCAAACAAAGAGCCAAUCACCUCACGCGGCCACUUACAUUCUCAACAAAGUUACAUACAACAAAACAAACAUCAAGAUGAUUUUGGAAGCACUUUGUUAUGUUCAAAAUUUGUCAGAAUUAACGAAAAACUUUGAGAAGAAACUCGACAGAAUAUUCGAAAUAUGCUACAAAGAUGAUAAUGAUCCUGGCGCAGAAAAUGUCACAAAUUUAGUUAGAGCUCUCCCAAGAAAAGAAAUUGAGGAGUUCAUGGUGACAGACCCUGAUUUAAUUAUCAGAAUUUUAGAGAAAUCACCAUUCAAAGGAAAAAUUGCAAUUUUGAGUGGUGUUUAUUGCAACAAGAAAGUCUACAAGGAUUAUUACAAGAAAUACAUCAAAGAGAUUGUGAAUAAUAGUAAUGAUCUUGAAACAAUCAAAGCAUUGAUAAAUACAAGAGUUGCGAGAUUUUACAACUUAAAAAUCAUUGAAAGUAUUUUCUUUGACAUUUUGACAUUGUCAAAAUCAACAAAGAAUAUCAAUGACGUCUGUAACUUGAUGUCUGCAGUAACAGAUUUAUUCACAAAUGCUAGGAAAUGCGCAAGAGUUCAUGUUGUUUCAAAUGAAUGUGUCAGAAAAUUGAUGUCACUUUUCUUCAAAUAUUUUAGUAAUACAAAUCCAACAUAUAAACAUUUGAAGACAUUUUCAAAGUUCAUGGCAACUAGCGCAAGAAUUAUUAGACCUGAUUUCCAGCAUUACAUUAUUUCUACUUUUGUUUCAUUGAUAUCAAAUAUUUCGAUGGAAAAUACGAAACAGAAAAUGAUGCAGAACUCGAUUUAUCCUGUCUUCCAGAGAGUUGGAAUGGAUCAAUUGUCUGAAGUGUCUAUAGGUUUGCACGAAACACACAGACAACAGUUCCAGAUCCUCUUCAAGAGAUGGCAAGAAGAAUCUCAAUACACCGGAAAAGUUUAA